AUGCAAAGUCGAGAUGCACCCGUGAGGAUCCUUCGCUCGCCAGCUGCGGUGCCAGCCCACCACUUACUGAUAUAUCCAAUGGAUUGCGCCGCCCUGCCGAGAUUGGGGAACCGAUACACCAACUUCUCCGUAUCAAAGGAGCGCUUCACAUCGUACAAGCUCUCAGAUGGGGGGCGCAGCGGGUACAUGCCAUGCGUUCCCUUUGGUCUCUUGUUUAUGGACGCUGCGAUCCCCGUUGCUGCUGGGCUGAUACAUCGGUCUGGUUCUGGUUCUGGUUCUGGUCUGGUUCUGGCUCUGAUUCUGGUUCUAAUUCUGAUAUUCAAUGUUCCUGCCAUUCUGUUGAGUGACAAGUUUUGUUUAUUUUGUUUUGUGCUGUACCACGCAACUGCUAUGGUUGUGUUCAGUUUCAGCCUUACGCUCCUGUUGGCCCUUGGGAGCCAUGCCGUGAAUGAUUAUAGCGUGGUAUUCGAUCAUCCUCCGCCAUAUCAAUUGAACACGACAACUCGCAUUGGCUACAAUGUCACCGCUUCUCCUGGGCAGUCUGGGCUAUCUCUGUUGCUAUUGCAGACCACGGCUUCUGAUAACGAGGGCGUUUCAUCAAGCAAUACAGCGACUUUUGCUGUUGUCCUUCAAGAUGUGUGUGUGUCUUGUAUGGGCACGAGGUGUCUUCCCGGUACUCGAAUCUACAUCAAUACGUCCCAGAUAUCAAUACCAGAAUAUAAGAGAACAGAAGCCGAAUUCCGCCUCGCGAGCACGUCAGGAGAUUUGAGGAACUUCUUUUUCUGCUUUGCCAGCAGAAGUGAUAUGCAACCGGAAAAUGACAUCUGUAGCUUCUUUAGUGAUUAUUUCAACAUGGAAAAUGCGGAUGUUGGGGAACAGUCUGGCUCUUCAGGCGAAUCCAUAUCAGCAAUACCGCCCCUAAGCAUACUACAAACCCCAACCGCAGUCAUUCGCAAAAGAACACUCGCGGUUCCCAUAGAAGCCAUGACUAUCACACAAAGCAGUACAUCAAACCUCCAGGUAAUUUUAAGAGCGACUGAGACAGCAACUCCCGCUUCGAAUUCUGCUUCAACGAAAACGACCGCCCCGACGACCACGGAAUCGUCUACGACACCCAUAUUGGCUAUCCCCGAGCCGACAGCAUCAGGUUCCUCCUCCUCCUCCUCCAACGGCGGCCUCUCAGUUGGAGCAAAAGUCGGAAUUGCCCUUGGCGUCUUAGCAUUUGCCCUCAUCCUCGUCCUGGUCGUUCUGUUCCUCCGCCGCAAGCACGGUAAACGCAGCCAACCCGAAAACGUAAAUCUCACAGAGGGCAUGCACCAGCACCAGGACUCCUACCCGCAAGAACUGAACGCCGAAAAGGCCAGCCCAAUCGCACCCUCUGAAGCCGCAACCCCCAUCGUUGAGCCGCUCUCCCGGCACUCCGCGCUCUCGCCUCAAGAGGUUAUAGCCUCACACUUUUGCGCUGCUGGCCCUGCAGCUGCAGUCCCCAGACGAAAGCCUAUUGCUGCGACAGUAGCGAGGGUCGCGACCAUGAGAAGCACAGCGUCUACGACUUCGUCGAGUGGAUUGCAGAGUCCGCAAUUACCGCAUGGGUUCGAGCAGUAUCACGAUAUACCGAUCACGUAUGGAGAUGCGAGGCAUUCCCCACAGGUAUUUCCCGAGAACUUGAAUUUGGUGCGAGCACCAUUCCUGUACAGUCAGGAGGGGCUGAGCGCCGAGGAGAUGGAGAGGCUGGAAGAUGAAGAGAGGAGGAUUGAUGCCGCGAUUGCGGAGGCGGAGCGAAGACAGUAUGGAGAAGAGAAGUGGGCGAGGCAAGUAGGUAGGUACCUAGAAGAGCGUAUGCGAGUCCAGCUAUCUACAGAUAUAAGUUGGUACAUACAACACGGUGAAGAUUUUCUCGCCCGAGGUGUCGAGAGGAACACGAAACCGCCUCUCGAUCUCGCUCCGAUGACCACCAUCCCAACACGAUACCAUGAAUGCGAUAGCCCAACCGCCCAAUGCACCCCCCAGAGAGCCAAUGUUGUCUCGUCUGCUCUAUUCGCCGUUCAAUGCACAGAAUACUACAAAAGGAACGCUAUGAAGGCUUCUUCCCAAAGCGUUGUCAAAACUCCGUAUGAUGAGUCGCUAAAGAAGGCUGUUAUUCAAAAGAAGAAAGAAAAGUAA